AAUAUAUGGAUAAGAUAUCUUGGGAAAAUAGUCAAUUCAGGUCCGAUCAAUGCUGGAACAUAAUUAAGAAUUCACUUACUUGAUUCAAACUUCAUUUUGAAGACAAAUUAUUUAACCAAUCCGUCUACAGUGAAGCCCUUAACAGAUUGUCUCAUCCCUGACAUGGAAAAAAUAUGCAAGGAUUGUUACUAUUCUAAGAGAAUGAAAGAAUUUAUUAUUUUCAUUUAAACAAGAUAAUCACAUAACAAACACACAUAUUUACAUAUUUUCUUUUUGGAACAUCAACUUUAUUUUAUGUUUUAAGUUCAACUAUAUUUAUUUCGGUGCAACUAUCAACUAUUUAUUUCAUUUUUAUUGAAUCGAUUAGCGAAAAUCACUUAUGCUAUUUCCCUUUGAAUUAAGGAACUUAAAAACAAAGUAAUACACUAUUGUAUUUAGUGAAUAUCAAAUGGAUCAAAAAAAAAUUGAACUUAUUAGAAAAUAAAACAUACGAAACCGGCGCUAAUACCACCGGUUAACAAAAAAAAAGUAGAGUUAUUCUGAGUAAUUUUCUCUACUUUUUAUUAUAAGAAAGAAUAUACAAGUAAAUCUGUCAAUAUAUAUAAACGAAACCGAUGCAUGGCAAUGAUGAAUCUUGAUUUGAUCUUCUUCUCGAGAACCUCAUUGCUUCCGCUUCGUCUCUUCCAUUUCCACAUUUACACUUCAUAAUAUCGCUUCACCCACUUCUCUUCUUCCUCAUUUAUAACACACACACAUUUAUAUACAUAUAUAGUUUACGUUUAUAUAUUUUGGACUCGCUAUUGUAAUUUUUAUAGUAUCUCUUUUUAUUUUCUUGAAAAGGUCCUCUUCUCAUCUAAACCCUAUAAAACUCUGUCCUCCUUUCAAUUUCAUAUUUCUUUAUAUUUUCUCGUUCAUUGGACACUGAAUGUGAUAAAUACAAGAAAAGAAAUUUAAAGGUCGAUCAAUGGAGGUUAUUGUUCGUGCAUCCAACAAGAGAAGUCUAUUUCUAAUCUUCCUUGUUUCUCUGGUUCUCUUUCGAAGUCAGAAGUUUACACAAGUCUCAGCUGUUAACUAUACCAAACCGCAUAGACAAGUAAGUAGCUUGAGAGCUGAGAGGAUCCAAAAGCACUUAAACAAGAUCAACAAGACUCCUGUCUUCACCAUCCAGAGUCCAGAUGGUGAUGUAAUAUAUUGUGUACCAAAAAGAAAGCAGCCAGCUUUGGAUCAUCCACUCUUAAAGCAUCACAAGAUUCAGAGAGCACCGACGAGAAUGCCGCAGAUGAUGGGAAAGGAGAGAACCGAUGAUGUUAAAGAAGCAGCCAAUCUAUUGGAAAGUGCAUGGCAAAUGUGGCACGUGAACGGCACGAGGUGCCCCAAGGGAACUGUUCCCAUACGACGGAACACAAUGAAUGAUGUGCUCAGAGCCAAGCAUUAUUUGACUUUGGCAAAAAGCGAUGUAGUAUUGACCUUGCUCGGAGGACAGAAAAGCCUGAUGCCCUUUGGCACUAGUGGACACGAGGAUCAGUCACAACAUCCGCGCUUCUGUGCAACACAAGGAAAGGAACGCUCAGAUCUUGUAGCUUCUUCCCCAAGUAAGCCGUGGACCAUGAAGAUGAGGCCACGCGGCGGAGCACACGAAGUGCCAGAUCGUUGGAUUUCAAAUGAGGAAAGUACGAUAAUAGCCUUCAGUAGUGAUAAGAAGUUCCAGCUAGACAUCGCUAUAUUUCGAGUAGACGAAGUAUUAUUCAAAAUAAUAAUUUUCAAACUUUUGCAACAUAUAUAGUAUUCAAUUGAAUUCAUUCAAAAUUGAAAAACUUUCCAUAAAAGUGCUUUUAUAGUUUAUAUAUAAAUCAAAAAGUUCAUAUGUA